AACUCGACCGACAGACAGGAACGUGUGUUUCUCACCGGAGCAUUAACCGCGAUGGGCUGUCAACAAAGAAGAUGGCGCCGGUCUCAACUUAGCUAAACUCCACUCGACGUUACAAAUGAAAGGUGAAACCUUGCGUCGGUUUUAAAGAAGGUCGUCAGAGCUGCUGGAGGCUGAACACGGAGCUGCAGUCAUGGUGCUGAAGAUCUUCUUCCCGCAGUGCUGUAACCGGGCGGACAGCGGGCUGCUGGUGGGCCGCUGGAUCUCCGGCCACGACUCUGCCGUGGUGUUGGCGGUCAUCCACUACCCGUUUAUCCCCGGACAAGUCAAACAGUAUGUCCAGCAGAUGCACGCCCACAGUGGGGUGGAGCUGUCAGUGCUGGGAUCGUGGAGUUUACCCAAAGACGGUCAGGAGGGCAUGGAGAGCUUCCUCAGAGACCUCAGCACCAUCUUCCCCCAGAAACACUGGCUGCAGAUCAACCGUGAGAUUGGCAAGACAGGCUUCACCUGCCAGGUCCUCAACCGGGAUCAGAAUGGAGGAGCAGCUCAGCAGGACACUAAGAAGACAAAGAAGGAGAAGGUUGAGGAAGCUGAUGGAGAGGCUGCAGGUGAUGAAGAGGAGCAGGAGGUGAUCUUCGUCCACUAUGAGCAGAGGAAGGUGAUGUUGUCGCAGCUUCACCCCAUUGAGAACGGAGUUCCCGACCCCAAAACUGAUCCACCAUCUGAGCUCAGACAGAUGUUCCACACUGUGGCCCACAGCCAGCCUCUGUUCUUCCUUGACAAGUACGACGACGGGCCGCUGAAGUCAACACACUGGCAGUCUGAAGGUCGAGAGGCCAGCAUCAUCGUGGAGCUGCUCAAACAGGCCUCCGUACCGCUCUGCCUGCUCAUCGGCUGGCUGCUCUCCAUAUGGACCUGGAUCUGUAACAUCCGGAUCUUCAGUCUUUACCCGCUGCGCUUCCUGUCCAGUAAGCUGUCCACCUGUGUCCAGCUCAGCUACAGAACCGAACACAUGAGGGCGCUCAGCUCGCCAAAACCAGCCGCCGGACACACGCACUUCAUGAGGAAAGCAAACAUCGUGGUCUCGUUCCUGGUGGACGUAGCUCUCGGCAUGUUGCUCAUCUCGUGGCUCUACAGAGACGACCACAUCAGCAUGUUGGCCAACACACUGGUGCCUGCCGCUGAUCAUGUGGCUAAAGAGCUGGAGGAGCUGCUGCAGUGGCUGAUGGGAGCUCCUGCAGGGCUGAAGAUGAACCGGGCCCUGGACCAGGUUCUGGGCCGCUUCUUCCUCUACCACAUUCACCUCUGGAUCAGCUACAUCCACCUGAUGUCUCCCUUCAUGGAGGGGAUCCUGUGGUACGGAGGCCUGUCAGCCUGCCUGGGCCUGACCUUCGCCCUCUCGCUGCUCUCUGACAUGGUCGCCCUGCUCACCUUCCACAUCUACUGCUUCUACGUCUACGGUGCCAGGCUCUACUGUCUGAAAAUCUACGGCCUCUCAUCUCUCUGGAGGCUCUUCAGAGGGAAGAAGUGGAACGUCCUGCGGCAGAGGGUUGACUCCUGCUCCUAUGACGUGGACCAGCUCUUCAUUGGAACACUGCUGUUCACCAUCCUGCUAUUCCUGCUCCCUACCACGGCGCUCUACUACCUGGUCUUUACUCUGUUGCGGCUGGUGGUGGUGCUGUUCCAGGGCGUCCUCCACCUCAGCGUGGACUUCAUUAACUCCUUCCCGUUGUUCGCCAUGGGCCUCCGCAUCUUUCGGUCCUACAGACUGGCAGAGGGUGUGAAGUUCAGGGUGCUGUGUGAGGAGCCUGGGACGGCCCUUCACCUGCUGAUGGAGAUUAACCCUCUUAAGUGCAGUGCUGUGGUUCAGACCUACCGUACCCCGACUUACAGCUGCUACCCCAAAGACUCGUGGGCAGCCCUGGUCAAGAAGCUGUUUGUCGGGGAGCUGAUUUACCCCUGGAGACACAAAACCACCAAGACUGACUGAGAGCGACAUCAGCCAGAAAUGUGAGAGGGAAAGAAAAAGAUGGGAAGGGACUAAAUAGGUAAAGAGGGGAAAUGGGAGGGAAACAAGGGUGAGUUUGGUACGAAGCCCUUUGAGUCACGCUGCUUUCAUGUUGGAUAAAUGAAGAACGUCGCAGAAAAUACGUUGUAACAAAACUGAAGCUGCCAAGUCAGUUGUUUUCUGAUGAACAACAAAAGUAAGAACGCGUCUUGGAGCAACAACAAACAUGGCAUUGUCGGCCACAAAACUAAGAACCAGCUGCUAUAGGAACUGUGAUCAUAACAUUACUUUCAGUACAUAAUGAAAAUCCUUUAUUUUAAUAACUUUUUAUCAAGGUGAAUAUCCUUCCCUUGUGCUGACAACAGGUGUCUUUCUUUUUGUUGUUGAGGUCAAAAAUUUAUUCAAAUAAGAGAACUUGGACUCCAUCUUUACACACAAGCAGCUGAAAGGUGAGGUGAACAGUAAUGUACUUAAUCCCGCUGUGUUGCCCGUACAGAAACAACGCUAAAGGACCAAAACCAUGCUUAAUGUGGAAUUUGAGAUUUGAAAAUGACACCAACAGCCUCCUGACCUUGUUUUUCCCUAUAAAUCAAUGAAAUCUUCACUGUUUUGUAUGACUAGCAAACAUACACGUGUUAGUUCAUGUACUGUAGUUCAGACACUGGAAAUAUCAGCUUCGUUUCAUCAGCCGUGAAACACAACAACAAACGUGUGGAUUGUAUGUUGUUGUUGUGUAUUAUGCUGCUGCUCCACUGGCUCAUGGGACUCUUAAACAGCACAUCCCAAUUCCCACUGUCCUAUAGAUCAUUCCUUAUUCACCAACAGACACCACUUUGACCUGAGACACAUUGGUGCUGUUUUAACUCAUAUAUGCUGCAUGAAAACAGCAUAUAUCACUCCCCACAUGGUCUAUGUUGGUGGCAGUAAUGACAUGUACAUAGUCAACAUAAUGCCAGCAUCUUUUCAUUCAUGCUCCCCGUAAAAUAAACUCUUCCUAUUUUGGACACUCCAUAAGCUUUCCCGUAACAUUAUGUUGACACCUUUAUGCUCCCCGUAUUUAGCGUGAAAAUUAAAUUUGACCUUGGAGACAGUAGUUUAAAGAACGAUCUUAACUCAAGCUCCACUACAUAGCCUUCUUUUUUAAAUCAGGUGAUUGUGUAUUAACUGCACUGACCAUGUAGAUAGUUUUGUAGAAUUUAUAUUAUUUAAGUAUUAGUAAGCGUCUACUUAAAAUAUUAACUGGACAAACUAAAUGUUUUUAUUUCUUAAGUUAAUUAAUUAUUUCUUAAUCAUUUUUUUAAAUUAAGAGUUUAAGGUAAAAAUGUAAUAAUUUGUGGGGGGUUUUCCAGGUUACUCUGUUGCCAUAUUUUCUCCCUAAAGUAGAUAUAUUUAUCUCUUGAGAGUCAGUCAGAGGGAGAUGAACAGUCAUGUGUUACUGUUGUCGUGUAAAGCAAAUCCUUACAAGUAGGGGUCAGUUUGUCAGCAUGCCCUUUUUAUUAAUGUGCCUAUUGAUGUUAAUUAAAUGUUGUCCCAGAAUUCCUUGCAACAAUCAACCUGGACCAGUUUUCACCUUUCAGUGCUAAGCGAUGCUAAACACAUUGUGGCCAAACUCUGCUGGCAAAGAUGAAACUUUUAUAAACUUUAGGCAGCAAGAAAGAUGAUUUACCAAAAUGUUUCAUUAAUGUGAAUUAUUGUUUUAUUUGACCUAAAUCUGUAGACUUUGUUCCUUAGCAUCCUGAGCACUGAUUUGUCAUUUCUAAUACUUAAGAAUGAAAAUUUACCAAAUUAUUUUGUUAAUAUCUUAUUUUAUCAUCCCCUGUUAAUCUGUUCUAAAUGUUCCAUUUAAUAAAAUUCAAACGUAUUUAACAUA